AAUUUAUGUCAAAAUAAGUUUAUGUUUUAUGCUUUUUUAUGUCGUAUAGAUGUAAACAUGAACAAGUACGUGUAGCCAGUGGGCAUGAAAUUUAUAGCGAGUAGAUUAUAACUCAUUGACCUUAUUUUUGUUUUAUUCUCUUAAUUUAACGCAAAUAAUUAUGUUUAAUUUAUGGUGAGAUAAGUUAACAAUUGAAGUUGUCCUGAUGAAUAGAAUAGAUUCAAACAAAAUGAAAGAUCAACAGUCAACCAACACUAUUUAUUACGGAGUAUACACUCCGAAUGAUAAUAAGGAGUACAAUGGUACACCAAAUGUGUUUGAUGAUAAAACAGAAGCUUUGAAAGUUGCUAAAAAGAACAAAAAGUCAAGAUUUAAGGCCUUCCAAUUUUAUCAUGAAGCUGUGGAAUUUGCCUUAAACGGGUCAGAGUUUCCCAAUAAUAAUAGUAAUGCUAACAAUUCUUUUGGUCAAAAGUCCAUCUCAGAAUCAUCAAAUACUGUUGGUGAAAAAGCUAGCCCUUUUAAGGGACCAAAACCACAAGAAUUUAUAGAAUUAAGGAAAGCUAUCGAAAAUGGCAAUUUUAAAAUGGUGAAAGAUACUAUAUGGCAGAAUCCUAGGUACCUCGUUAGCAGUGGAGAUACUCCAGCUAUAUUACAGGAAGGGCCACGUUAUAAUGCACUACACAUAGCAGCAAAAUCUAAGAAUGCAGAAAUUACUGAAUUUAUUUUGAGUACAAUUUCAAAUCCUGAAUUCAUUAAACUAUUAUAUGGUGAUGAUAAUCAACAAAAUGCAGAAGAAAGAGCAAAUGUUUUGUUAGAUCUUUAUUUAAACACUCCAAAUAAGGGUUUAAAUGAAACUCCCAUUCAUUUUGCUUCUAAACAUGGAGCUCCUGACGUCGUAGAGAUUUUAGUCUCUUAUCCACAAUGUGAUAAAACUUUGAAAAAUAGAUUUAAGAAAACUCCAGACCAAAUUAUUUGUGAACGAGCUGAAGGUGAAAAUGUCGCAGCUGCCAAAAAAGCCAUAGAGCUUUUACUUCAUGAUAACUACUAUGUGCCAGUGUUGAGAGCAGAAGACAACAGCUUGCCACCUCUGAUAGGGGAACCAUUUUCAACAACUAGCCCUCCAGUGAUAAAUGAGGACCCCCUGAGUCCAAGGCUAGAAAUUCACGCUUAUGCAGGCCCAAUGGACCGAAAAGAAGCCCAACAAUUCAGAAAAACUUGGAAAACACCACCUAGAAGUUUAAAUUUUUCUCUACCUGGCGGAAAACAAGUAGACAAUAUUAACGCCGUCUCUCUAAAAUAUAAGGAUCCCAAAAAGGGUCUAGAAAGAAUAGGCAAACGGUUGGCCAACACAUAUGACGUAAAUUGGAAAGAAUAUUGGCCGUUUCUGGACUGUUUCAUCGAUCUCGGUUCAGAGGAAGGACUGAAUCUCUUGGAGGCUUUUCUGGCCGAAAAAUAUGUAGCUCUCAACAACUCUGUGAUGGAAGAAUUGAAGAAAAGUUCGUCAGAAUUAAAUGGUAUUGAUGCAUUAAGUCCCAUAUCUAACUUGUGCACAGUCUUUUCUGCAUGUCGAUUAAAUGACAGUACCAAAUCACACGAAUCCAUCGAUGAUAAAAAAAUGGACCCUGGUUCGAUCAAUUACAUAGAUAAGGCGUGUCAAGUGUUCGCGAAUAGAAUCUCCAACGACAUUCUUUACAUACUGUGCAAUGAGGAUAACAUUCUGCAAGUGUUAGAGACGCAAGUAAAGCAGCUAGAGCUGCUCGUGACUAGUUAUAUGGACGAUUGUAGAUUUACUUUGAUUAAUUUCCAAAAAAUUCAUUCUCGUUUAGGUAUAUUGAUCGGGCAGAAGUUGUAUAAUAACUUAAAAGAAAACGUGCGCGGAUUUCUAUGCUCGAAAUUGGAAACUAUGCUCGAUAAUUUGACCAAAAGUAUCGAUUGUUUUUCAUCGGAUGACGAAAGUCACAAUUUAGAUACAGCCGAAAAUCGUAAACCCACUAUACACAAGCGACAGUUGAUAUGUUUGCUACAUUACGUACUGAAUUUCUUGUCCCAGAACUACGAGAAUAAACAGGCGUUAGAUGAGGGCGGGUGCGUUAAAGAUUGGGAUAUGGCAGAGGCUUGCACGUGUGUCUAUCACUUGAGAAGGGCGAAAAAGAACAGCGUUUCGAAGAGUAAUAGUUUUAAAAAUAGUUUGAAGGUAUUCGGUUCUGCUAGCUUCGAUGAGGGUCCAAGGAGUUUGUCUUUUAAUGAAGAUACUGAUCCAAAUUGUGUUCCAAAUGAUUUUAACUUAAGCGGACUUAGCACACGGAUAGAAAUGAGUUCUGAUGAAAGCGAUUCGGAUGAGGAUGAAGAAAACUUUUAUACGCCUCCUGCCAGUCCCAGUUUGUUACAAACGGAAUUAGAUUCGGAAGAUGAAUUCAUGGAUUCUGAAUUGCCAAAGUACGACGUAUUUAUGGAGGGGGAUGCUCCUACAAAAUCAGACUGUGAUGUAUUUAAUGCUAUAUGCUAUUCCGAAGUCAAAUUAGAUCAUAUACAGUAUCCAAAUGUUUAUAGAUGGUAUCACACAAUUAGUUUGUAUUCAAAGGAAGAGAGGGAAAGUUGGGCUAUGAAAGACCACCAAAGAACUGAACCCGACCUUCAGAAUUCGUCCCUGAAUUCCUCCUUCAAUAUCGAUUCGCCCAGAACGAGUACGCCUUCCAAAUCGUGGUUAAGGAUAACAGGCGCAAACUCACCGAAGGCUUUGAAAUCGAGAAGUUUAUUCUUCUGAACCAGCAAAAAUUGUGUUAUGUUUAAUUUAAACUGCUCACUGUAAAAAAAAUCAUGACAGAUGAGUAUUUGAAUGAGAAUUAUUAAAAAAGUAAUUAAAACUUUUAAUAAGUUAUUUUAUACAUGAAAUGUACUGAAUUGCAAGGAUAAGAAUAAAUUUGUAUAUAACUGUUA